AUGUCAAUAACGAUGGCAUUUGAAGAGAAUCGAAAUGAUAACAAUAUUCAAAGUCAUGAAAAUAUUGAUUUUGAAAUACCUCGUGCACAAUCUAAUAUAUUUUUACGUACUAUUAUUUCUGAUGAUACUGCUAUUUUACAAGAUAAUGAUUUAAUGAAUCAAAAGCAAACAGUUAUACGACGUGAUCAAAAUUCAACAUAUUAUAAAGAUAGAAAAGGUCGUAUAUGUAUUUUAUGUAAAUGGGAAUUCGUGCCAUGUUGUCAACCAAGUAUUUGUCAAAAACACCGUAUACGCUUUAAUGAAUGUAUCGACUAA